UACACGGACUGUUAUUGGGGGUGGGGGAUAAUUGGCUGUACUUUGUCCGGUUCUGCUGAAUGCCAUCCCCUCUCUGCCCAUGGCUGACAUCCUGCUCCUCCGGGCGGUCAGAGGUAAAGCCAGGACCCUCAACCUGAACGGGAAGAAACUGCAGCGGGUACCGGGGGCUGUGGGCAGCCUGGACCGACUGACCACCCUGCUGCUAAAAAACAACCGGCUGUGCCAGCUACCGGAGGAGGUGGCAGCCCUGAGCAAUCUUACAGUCUUACAUUUGGGGAACAACCAGUUUGAAAAAUUCCCAGAACAAAUUAAAUAUCUUAGAUGUUUGCAGAGGCUUCACCUGUUUGGCAACCAGAUAACUGAAAUACUACCAUCUGUAUGUGAUGGAUUAGAAAAUUUGAUGUCUCUAAAUCUGAAUAACAACUGGCUUGAACAUCUUCCCCCGGAAAUUGGCAAGUUGCAACGUCUUGAAAACCUUAGUAUUAACCACAAUCGUCUGAAAGACAUACCAAAAGAACUGUGUCUCUUGCAAGAGCUCUGUGAACUCCAUCUAGGAAGCAACCAGCUACAGACUUUACCUGAACAGAUGGGCUACAUGACUAAUCUAGCAGAGCUACGUUUAUUUAGGAACAAGCUGAUUGGUCUUCCAGAGGGACUUUGCAAACUUAGAAAGCUAAGGAUUCUGGAUGUGGCAGGAAAUCAAAUUCAGACGUUUCCAUCCAGAAUGCAUGAGGUCCCACUGCAAGAACUGUACUGCGAGCAGAAUCCAUUACUCCAAAAAGAGCCAUUGCCUGCUGUACAAGAAGAAGAGAUAUUAUCCCUGAAGGAAAUAACGGCAAGAUUCAUCUUGGGACACGUACAAAGCAGAGAUUCAAUCUUACGUGAAAAAAUUCAUCACUAUCCAGAAGCAAAAACAAUUCUUUCAAGUAGAAAUGCCUGCACUCUCUGUGGAGAAUGGUUUCUGGAUAUGUGGCUGGAUUGCGUAAAAUUUGUGGAUGUUUCUAAGAAAAUGAAGACCUCAAGUAAUAUGAAGCUGUUACCAGUCAAAGUUUUACUGUGUUCCUACAAAUGCUUUAAUCGUAGACAUAAUGACAUUUUUGGAGUUGCGGUUUUAUGAGACCCAGUUAAAAAUCAACCACAAAACCGUUAAGUAAUGUCAUGUGCAAAUCAUUAUUUAAAUGUGGGGCAAAGUGGAAGAUUGAUAUUUAUUGAUAAUUACUAGAAUUGUGCCAUUCAUUUUCUUAAUAUUACCUGUCUUAUUUACUGUUUACAUUUGUUAAAAUAAAAGGAGCACUAUCUACCAGCAUAUGUUACGUA